UUUCCGUCCCCUUCAAAUUAACAAAAUCCGGGAAAUCAAAUCUCUUACCUUUUCUGUCCGAUUUCCUCCCAAUUUCCAGAUUUCCAUGUCCGAUAACAACUCUUUUCUUUUCCCCCAAAAUUUCUCUCAGUUUUCAGUUCAUUCAAAUACCAUCAAACUCAGUAAUCAGUAGGUACCAGAAAGUGACAAUUAAUCAAACUUACUCAUUCUUAAAUCCUACGUUUUCCUUUCAUUUCUUCCUACUUAACAUCACCAAUCGCCAUUGUUAUACCUUCAGACCUUCUAAAUUUUCAUACCUCAAAAAAUUGAAAAUGAAGCAACUUUCAUUGCUUCAGCAGCAAGCUACAAAUCGUAGGAGUAACAGUUUUAGAUCAAUUGAUAAUUCAGUUGACGGAGCAAUUAAAUCUCCAGCAACGUUAUUUUGGCUGAUUCUUCAUGGAUUAUGUUGCUUAAUUAGUUUGAUUUUAGGUUUCCGAUUUUCUCGAUUAGUUUUUUUCCUUUUAUUUUCACCUACUUCAUCACCUCCUAACUCUCCUUCUCUUACGAUGCCGUUUUUGAGAACCCUAGAAAAGCAGUCUCCGGAGAUUCUUCAACCUCCGAUUCCGAAUAAUCGGACGGCUGGUAGUCGAGUUGUUGUUGGGCGUCACGGGAUCUUGAUCCGACCAUGGCCCCACCCGAAUCCGGAAGAGGUGAUGAGAGCGCAUAGGAUUUUGGAGAGAGUUCAGAAAGAGCAGAGGUUACAAUAUGGUGUGAAGGAGCCUAGGAGUGUUAUUGUGGUCACUCCUACUUAUGUUAGGACUUUUCAAGCUCUUCAUUUGACCGGUGUUAUGCAUUCUCUUAUGAAUGCUCCCUAUGAUGUCGUUUGGAUUGUCGUUGAGGCUGGUGGACCGACUAAUGAGACAACGAAUUUGAUUGCAAAGUCCGGGUUGAAGACUAUUCAUGUCGGGUUUGACAGAAAGAUGCCGGUUACUUGGGCAGAUCGUCAUCGGGUUGAGGAUCUUAUGAGGGUCCAAGCAUUGAGAUUGGUGAGAGACCGAAAAUUGGAUGGUAUAGUUGUUUUUGCGGAUGAUAGUAAUAUGCACAGUAUGGAGUUCUUUGAUGAGGUACAGAAAGUGAACAAGGUUGGGGCUCUGUCUGUUGGGAUUCUUGUGCAUUCAGGGGAUCCUAACGAGCCUUUGCAAAUAGAAAAGACAGAGAAAGAAGAAGGUUCGUUGCCUGUUCAGGGUCCAGCAUGUAAUUUAUCAGAAAAUUUAGUAGGUUGGCACACUUUUGAUGCAAGUCCUUAUGUGGAGAAGAGUGCAGUUUAUAUUGGAGAUAUAGGCACAAUUUUGCCAAGAAAGACGGAAUGGGCUGGGUUUGUGUUGAAUUCAAGGUUAUUGUGGAACGAUAAUGUUGAUAAGCCGAAAUGGAUGAAUGAGCUGAAUACUUUGGCUGAUGAGAGCAUAGAAAGCCCUCUAUCGUUGCUAAAGGACCCUUCUGUUGUUGAACCUCUAGGAAGCUGUGGUCGCAAGGUUUUGCUUUGGUGGCUUCGUGUAGAGGCUCGUGCCGACAGCAAAUAUCCUUCUGGAUGGGUAAUUGACACUCCUUUAGAGAUAACCGUCCCUGCAAAGCAUACACCAUGGCCAGACAUUCCGCCUGAACUCCCAUCUACUGAGAAGGUAAUAACUACUGAACAGAACUUUGCUGAAGAGCAUGCUGUUAAACGGCCUCCCAAAAUUCGAACCAAAAAAAGAAGUUCGCGGGGUAAGAAAAAGCGUGAAGCAAGAGUUGCAGAGACCCAAUUUUCAUUGAGACAGCAAGGAGAGCAGUAAGAAUUCUUCUUUUCAGGAUUAUAUUUUAUCAGCCACACCCCUUUUGGAAACCCGCUAUACCCGACCAUCAUACAUGGAAAGAGAGAGUUCCAGCAGAAAGCAUUCUGAUCAUCAUACACCUAGUAUAUAAGCCGAAGUUAAAAUGAGGAUUUGCAAGAAAAUGGUUGGUUGAUAUGAUAGUGUGUAUUUAGUAUUUUUCCCUCAUUUGGUUAAUUCUUUUUUACCCCCUCUUAUUAUUAUUAUUAUUAUUCCUCCUCUCAGCCUAUUUCUAAAAAUUUUGGUUGAUUGCUGAGCAAGGCAUGUCGACCAUUGUCGUCCAUGUAGGAAACCUUUGGUAUUCAUAUAUCCUCCAAGUCGAUACAUACCAUCUUUGAUAUACAGAUUUACUGAUUGUAUGCAGUUGUCGGUCGAGUUUCUGUGAAUGAAUUGAAGAUUUCUUUUUAAUCUCUUUUUCUGGAAGUGUAACUGCAUUUAAACUUGUCGCAUUGCGUGCUGUAAUUUGAAUGAGUUUUGAAGUAAAGAUGUUUAGCUGAUUAGCUUAGUUCUUUAGUA